UGUUUUGAAGCUCCUCGACUCAACCGUUGUCGCGCUCCACUCAAAAUGGGAGCGCUCUCUCAGCGCGAGCCUCAUCACGUAUUGACAGCUUGACCAACCAAUCGUGAGGAACGUCCCCGCCCCUACGCGUCAACCUCUCUUCGAAUCAUCAAAUAGAAACCUUCCAAGGAGGCGUGGUUACACCAGCCCCAACGUCUCCGCCCACAAGCUAACCUAACGGUGAUUGUUUUCCUCUCUCGGGGAAGAUUUUUUCCUCACUUUGCAGCUCCACGUCGCUUAUUUUUGUUUUUCUUUUACAACACACCACUGAACAAGUCGCGGUCAAACCACCGAUCGCUUCGGAGUGCACCCCGGCUCAAGGCAUCGUGGUGAAAAGCCCGCCGAACGGAUUACCGUAGAACAGUCGGCGAACUUAAAGGAGAGGGGUCUCUCGGCUCCAUCGAGUAUGAGUUCAUGAUGAAGCGGCGACUGGAGGAUCAGGAAACGGUUUUUGCGUCCCAGCAGCGGCGCCUCCCCGGCAACGCCGAGACCUUCCAGCACCGCGUCCUGGCCCCGGCGCCGCCGGCGGUGUAUGAGGCAGCGGUCGACAACAUGCAGCCCACCGCAGGCGUCCAGUACUCGGUCCCGCAGGGAUACCAGGUUCCCACGGUGGCCCAGAACAGCAGUGGCCACGGACAUGCGCCGAGCCCAGCCGUCCAUGGGGGGUCUCACCACCACACCCCCGCAGUCGUCCAAUCCCACGGUCCCCCGGUGAUGCCGGCGCACAGCCACGCGACUGCUUCUCAGGCCUCGGCGCAGGGCCAGCAGCAGUUCCAGCGGCUCAAGGUGGAGGACGCAUUGUCCUACUUGGACCAAGUCAAGUUGCAGUUUGGCAACCAGCCUCAGGUUUACAACGACUUCCUGGACAUCAUGAAAGAGUUCAAGUCUCAGAGCAUCGACACCCCGGGUGUCAUCAGCAGAGUGUCGCAGCUCUUUAAAGGACACCCUGAUCUCAUCAUGGGCUUCAAUACUUUCCUACCGCCCGGUUACAAAAUCGAGGUGCAGACCAACGACCUGGUCAACGUGACGACGCCCGGACAAAUCCACCACAUCACCCCGCAUGGCAUUUCGGUACAGAACAUCCCCAUCACGGGAGCGCCCGGCUCCCAGCACCCUGCCCAGGCGCCGCCCACCGCCACCACUAGCGCGCCGGCCCUCCUCACGCAGCCUGUCCCUGCCAAAAUGAACAAACCCCAGACGCCGACGCCAGGCAGCCAGACUAACCCGUCCAUCCCGGCGUACUCAGCGCCUCACUCUCCGCCCGUCCCUCUCCACCCGCCUCUCAGCGGGAUGCCCACCGCCGGUCUACCGGCGCAAAACAACCAGCCGGUGGAGUUCAACCAUGCCAUCAACUAUGUCAAUAAGAUCAAAAACCGCUUCCAGGGUCAGCCCAACAUCUAUAAAGCAUUCCUGGAGAUCCUGCACACGUACCAGAAGGAACAACGGAAUGCAAAGGAGGCUGGUGGGAACUACACCCCGGCUCUGACGGAGCAAGAGGUGUAUGCUCAGGUUGCACGGCUCUUUAAGAACCAAGAAGACCUACUCUCCGAAUUUGGACAAUUUCUUCCAGAUGCCAACAGUUCAGUGCUACUGAGCAAGACAACAGCUGAAAAAGCCGAGUCGGUACGGAACGAUCACGGUGGAACCACCAAGAAAAUGCAACUCAACAACAAGCAGAGGCCCAAUCAGAACGGUUGUCAAAUCCGCCGCCAUCCAACUCCCGGGGCAACGCCCCCUAUCAAGAAGAAGCCCAAGUUACUAAAUUUGAAAGAUUCAUCCUUGGCUGAGACUAGCAAGCAUGGAGUUGGAACUGAAUCGCUGUUUUUUGAGAAGGUGCGAAAAGCCUUGCGGAGUACGGAGGCCUACGACAGCUUCCUGCGAUGUCUAGUCGUCUUCAACCAGGAGGUGAUAUCCCGGGCCGAGCUGGUGCAGCUGGUGGUGCCCUUCCUAGGUAAAUUCCCAGAACUAUUCACUUGGUUCAAAAACUUUCUGGGGUACCGAGAAAUGUCCCACAUCGAGGCGUACCCCAAGGAACGGGCCACUGAGGGCAUCGCCAUGGAGAUUGACUACGCUUCCUGCAAGAGGCUUGGCUCCAGUUACAGAGCGCUGCCCAAAAGCUACCAACAACCUAAAUGCACUGGGAGAACGCCACUUUGUAAAGAGGUGCUUAACGACACCUGGGUGUCUCUGCCAUCUUGGUCAGAAGACUCCACCUUCGUCAGCUCCAAAAAGACUCAGUACGAGGAGCACAUUUACAGGUGUGAGGACGAGCGAUUUGAGUUGGACGUGGUGCUAGAAACCAACCUGGCAACCAUCCGAGUUCUGGAGGCCGUACAACGAAAGAUAUCGCGAAUGUCGGCGGAGGAUCAGGCCAAAUUCCGCUUGGACAACACGCUGGGUGGCUCUUCUGAGGUGGUGCACCGGAAAGCCAUCCAGAGGAUAUACGGCGACAAAGCCCCGGACAUUAUCGACGGCCUGAAGAAGAACCCGGCCGUUUCCGUCCCCAUCGUGUUGAAAAGGCUAAAGACCAAGGAAGAGGAGUGGCGGGAAGCCCAGCGAGGUUUCAACAAGAUCUGGCGGGAGCAGAACGAGAAGUAUUACCUCAAGUCCCUGGACCAUCAGGGCAUUAACUUCAAGCAGAACGACACCAAAGUGCUACGCUCCAAGUCCCUGCUCAACGAGAUCGAAGGCAUAUACGACGAACGCCAAGAACAAGCAUCCGAGGAGAACGCCAGCCCGCCAGCAGGCCCCCACUUGACCCGCACGUACGAGGACCGGCAAAUCCUUGAAGAUGCGGCAGCUCUCAUCAUCCACCACGUCAAACGUCAAACCGGCAUUCAGAAGGAGGACAAGUACAAGAUCAAGCAGAUCAUGUACCACUUUGUCCCCGACUUACUAUUUGCACAGCGCGGCGAGCUCUCUGACGUGGAGGAAGAAGAGGAAGAGGAGGACGAGGAGAUGGACGUGGAGGACGGCGCCCCCACCAAGAAGCACAAUGGCAUCCCUGGUAGCGGCGGUGGAAGCCCCUCCAAGUCCAAACUACUGUUCAGCAACACGGCGGCUCAGAAAUUACGGGGCUGCGACGACGCGUACAAUCUUUUCUACGUCAACAAUAACUGGUACAUCUUCCUGCGGUUGCACCACACGCUUUGCUCACGACUCCUCCGCCUCAACUGGCAAGCGGAGCGGCAGAUUGAAGAGGACGUGCGGGAACGAGAGUGGGAACGGGAAGUGCUCGGACUCAAGAAGGAGAAGCAUGACAACCCGGCUAUUCAACUGAGACUUAAGGAGCCUAUGGACAUUGACGUGGAGGCUUACUACACGGCCUUCUUGGAGAUGGUCCGCAAUUUAUUGGAUGGCAACAUGGAGGCAUCUCAGUAUGAGGACUCACUAAGGGAAAUGUUCACCAUUCAUGCGUACAUCGCCUUCACGAUGGACAAGCUCAUACAGAGCAUCGUCCGGCAGCUCCAGCACAUCGUAAGCGAUGAGAUCUGCAUCCAGGUGACGGACCUCUACUUGGCCGAGAGUCCAAAUGGCGCUUGCGGGGGAUCCAUGUCCACGCUGUCUUCCAGGAGCACCUCGGAGGCCGCCUACCAGCGGAAAGCGGAGCAGCUUAUGUCGGAAGAGAACUGCUUCAAGGUAAUGUUCGUGAGGAACAGAGGCUUGGUGCAGCUAACGUUAGAGCUGCUCGACACUGAGGAGGAGAACUCUGAUGAACCUAUGGAGGCUGAGCGGUGGUCCGAUUACGUGGGACGUUACUUGAACCCAGACAGCACCACUCCUGAGCUGAGUGAGCAUCUGGCUCAGAAGCCUGUUUUUCUGCUCAGGAAUCUGCGACGGAUACGGAAGUACCAGAAGUGUCGCGAACAGCAGGAUAAGGAUGCUGCCGAGGGAGGAAAGCAGCCACUGGACAAGGAGAAGAUGGAGUGCAUGUUCAAGCUCAACUCUUACAAAAUGGUGUACGUCUUCAAGUCUGAGGACUACAUGUACAGACGCACUGCACUAAUGCGAGCGCACCAGUCCCACGAGCGCGUGAGCACUCGCCUCCACAAGCGCUUCCAGGCGUGGUUGGCGACGUGGGCGGAAGAGCACGUCAGCGCCGACGCGGCCGCCGAUACCGACAAGUGGCUAAUGGGCGAGGGACGCGACGGACUUUUGCCCUGCAGCACCGCACGCCAGCCCGAGGUCCUCCACUUUCGCAAUGUCAACAAAUAUCGCGUCAAGUACAACCCGUAGUGAUCGGCCCCAGGUUAGGAAAGCUGUUUGUUUUUAUAGGCGGUGUGUGUGUGUGUGUGUGUGUGUUCCUCCAGUGGCGGCGAGGUUACUGUUUUUUUACCAGCGUUUUUAGCUGGGAUCAUGCCCCUCUCUCACACUAGGGUGCCAAAACUCGGAAACGGUCUCGUCCCGCUCACCAGCACUCACUUUUUUUCUACAGUUAUCUCCGAAUUACCGUCCACACAGUCCGACCACAGAGGGGGGGGAUUUCUUAAAGCCAGCCGGGACACGCUGGACAAGUGCACUUAUUCAGGUUAAAAAAAUAAAUAAAUAAUCCCAGAUUUUUGGAUGGAGACAAACUCUUCAUUCAACUCACUUUCUGUUCCGGGCUGAGCCUUCCAAACAAUGUUUGGACUCAAUAGUGCACCGUUGUAAAGCUUGUCACGUCCAUGUGCUGUACAUAUAUACAUAUAUAAUAUAUAUAUAGUUCUAUUAAUACACAUUAUCCUCGCCGCCCUGGAAGACUUUUUUUUUUUUUUUUUUUUAAAAACAAAAAACCCUUCCGCCAAUGCUCUCUCUCUCUCACACACACUGUAUAUACACUGUAAAUAGUCUCAAGACUUUUUAUGACCGAAGCGUGUUGUCCUGUUUAGUAGAAAGUUCCGGGUUAACUGUUAGAAUGUAAAGGAAGAAGAAAAAAACGAGAGAAAAAGCAACGUUUAAUACAGUUUUUACCAAAGGGAGUUGAUGAUACAAACAAGCUGUUUUUUUGUCCCACCUUGUACCAGAAACCCAUCCGGACCCCUUUUCUCUCUCUUUGUGCGUGUUCUUUUACGUCGUUCAUCGUUUUAAUUUACGUCGUUCGAAACAAAAAGUGCUGAAAAGUAGAAAUGUAUCCAGGUUUUUCUGUUUUUAUAGAUGACAAAUCUAUUUUCUUCUCAAUGUCACUUAAAAAAUAUUGAAUUGAAAGCACUGCGACCAUCUGACUUUUAACCUGUUCAAGCCCUGCCUCUACCCUGGAUAGAUUUCUGCUGCACUCUUCCCUUGUUCUCCCUCCUCCCGGUUGUAUUUUUGAUAUUGGAAGUCACGCGAGCAUGUCUUUUGUCCGUUUAUUUAGACAUUAUUUAAAGUUAAUAAUAAAAAUUACAUUUGUAGCCUAUGUUUACACGCCUGGUGACUUUUAUUCCUGUAUGUCCUUUUUUUGUGCUCUUUCAGGUUUGAAAUCUUAUAAAUAUAAGAAAUGCAACGAAUUUGGCUGUAGAAUUCCAUGAAAACUCUAUUCUUAAACCUUUAUAAGGCAAGUGUCCGUGAUCUUUUGAACGAAAACACUUAUUACAGGCAUGAAAAUCUCUCACCUUUCAGCGAAAUUCGCCGUUUUGAAGUCAAAAAGGGUGACUUACGUGAAUGGCGUACCGCAAGCAACACGUCGCUUCCGUUCAUUAAUAUUCAUGACGUUAGCUACUGUUGCUAAGGAGGGACACGCAACUGUUUGUCCGCGAUAGGAAAUGAAUGGAAAUCGUGUACGAAGGAGAUGUUUACAGAGCUAAACCUACCAAUUCUUUCUGAAAAUGACGUCCAUGUUGCCAGAUUCAUUGGCAAAGAUGUGGAAGAACAUAAGAAUGUUCAGUUAAAGAGAUGGCUUGAGUGUCGAGGGCUGAAAAAGACAAAAAAAACUUGCCAACUGAAGCAUAGCCUUAGCUUUUUCAUCAAAACCUUUUUCUUACGCGACUGACAAUGACGUUCUCCUGUUUCAACACACUAUCCUUUACCACCAGCCCUGUCUCUCUUAUAUAUUAUAUCCUCUGGUUGUCCUACGUCUCUGACCGUUCUUGGGGGGUAAUUUAUAGUUUGUUUUGUGUAGCGAUCGCAAAUGCUACUCUGUGACAGCCAACGAACACUUUUAAUUUUUUCAUUGAUAACAAAUCUUAAUUCUAUAAUUUAUUUACACUUCCCCCUUACUAAAGUUGAUUUUUUUUUUACAACAGAAAAUGUAACCGUGGCAGUCAGAUACAAUUUUAAUUCUUUUCAGGUUCAUUGUCAGACAGAGGCAGCAUGGUACAACGUCACGCUAAAAAAUAAGUUAAAAAUAUCAAAAUGGCUUAUCUCUUUGUCCUCUGAAAACAAUGCCAACCCAACAAAAUGUUUACUGCAUAAAUGUUUACUGCCGAGCUGGCAUUAAAAGUCCGUGCAAGUUGAAUCAGUCUUCACAUUUUUUCCUCCCGUUUUUGGAUUCAGGAAACGUAUGAAGAAAACAUCCUUCAUAUGUCGUAAAUUAUGUCUAGAGUCGUUUCUACAAGUUCCAAAAAAGCAAUGUGUGAUCGGCAUGUUCGUUUUUGAAAGAUUAACGGAGAAAAGUAGCACAAUUAACAUGGUUUCUAUGCGAGGGCGGGUCUGUAAAGUCCCACUCCUGCUUUACGAUGCGACGUCAAGGUCUAAAAAUAAAAUAGCAUGCGUGGGGGUACCCCAUUGUGAAGAUCCGAGGAGAAAUUUUUGUCGGGAGACUUGGAGGACGCUUGGUAUGUGAGUGGAAAAAGUGGCACAAAGCCAAAAAAGCGGACCAGAGUGGCCAAAACAUUUGACUUCUUUCAACAAAACAAAGGAGGGUACACUGAUGUUUCCUGCCUCUUCAAAAAUUUGGGCUCACCCAGACAAUUUGGUGUUUUCCUUCAAAAGUCACACUCAAGACAUUAACAAGGUUGGAAAUAAGGAUUUUUAUUUGAAAUAAUAAUUUUCUGCGUCAAACUUUGCCCUUUGCAACAAUUGCAGCUUUGCAGACCAAUGACAUACUAGCUGUCAGGGCCGGCCCAGGCCAUUUGGGGGCCCUAAGCAAAAUAAUGCAAAGGGGCACAUAUUUUUGGCCCACCAUUUCGUCACAGUGUACUGUGAAACCCAUACAUGCAAUCUAACCCAUACGUCCAUAUUUUGAAUAUUAAUCAGAUUUUGUUGCACUGCAUACUUCAAACUUCUCACCCCAAAUGAUUGUCAGUAGUUACAGUAGAUAGCGCCAAACCUUUUUCUAAAAGUGGAAAGAAAGAAGUUAAGGAAGAAUAUUUAUUUUUUUAAGCUUGUAAUCAAGGAUCAAAACUCACAAAAGUCAAAUAAAGCAAACUGUAGUAAACAAAAUAGAAUAAAAAUAAAACAAUUGCCAGAUUGGGGCCCUAAGCAGCUGCAUAGUCUGCGUAUAGGCUGGGCCGGCCCUGCUAGCUGUUAAUUUGUUGAGGCAAUCUGG